AGAAAGUGGAGCAAAGAGAGCAGAGGAACAAGACAAGCAGGUAUCACACAUAAGUUGCCUUCUGUACAGAUAUAUGUUUGACAUGAACUGAAAUGCUGAGGUGACUCUUAGUUGCUUCAGUCAUCAAAGACGUUCAGGUUGGUCAAAAAUGGCUUUUGUGGAUCCUGGACCGUGUUGGAGAAAUGGUGUUUGAGUGUUUUAGAGAGUCUGAGAGAGAAGAUUUUGGGAUCGACAGUGAGGCUCAAUCAUCGAAAAAAGGAUGUUUGCUCUCCUCUGGCUGACUUUGCUCUUCAUUGCCAGUGCCAGAAGAAACAAUGCUGACGAAGUUACAUCAACAGGACACAUCCAAGAAAUAGCAGCAGAGGUCGGACUCUGUGUGGUGAUCCCGUGUUAUUUUAUCUCCAAAUCUGACUUCUCUUUGCAACAUGCAGUUUGGUACAAGUGUGAACAGAACUGUACUGAUUCUGACAUCAUACUCAGAUUGAGAAACACCUCCACACUGACUCAGUCUGAGUUGGGAAGACGAGUUUCACUAUUGGAGCCUCAUCUGAGUCAGAUGAACUGCAGCAUCAUUAUCAACGACCUCAAAAAGUCAGACUCUGGAUCAUAUCAACUCAGAGUCAUGAAUGGAACAACAUCUCACACAGCAAACAUCACUGUUAAAGAUCUGACCCAGAAGCCCACAGUGGUGAUUCCUCCUCUGACAAAGGGACAGCAGGCCACACUGAGCUGCACUGCUCCGGGUCACUGCUCUGGAUCUGAUCCUGGGAUCACCUGGACAUGGAGAAGACCUGGGGAAAAAGACACCCCCUUCCCAGGAAACAGCACAACAAAUAAGAAACAAAGCUCAGACUUGACCUUUACCCCUUCGGUCAAUCACCAUGGCAUGGAAGUAACCUGUAGGGUUCGCUUCACUAAUGACAGUACUACGGAGGAAACUAAGAUUCUGGAAGUGACAUAUGCCAAGGCACUUAAAAUCACUGGAAAGACAUCCAUAAGGAAAGGUGAUACUCUGAAUCUGACCUGCAGUCUUGACAGUUUCCCGCUAUCUGUCGUUACAUGGACCAAACCGGGCUCUAACCAGAGCCAUGAGAAUAACACUGGAUCAGUCACACUCGUUAUCACUAAUGUGAGCAUUGCACACUCAGGAGUGUACAUCUGUACAGCGAAACACGGGGAAAAAAACCUGAGGAAAGAAGUGACUGUAACAGUGGCAUUGUUUUCAAAGAUCCUCAGCAGCUCCGGAUGCAUAAAUCACUCAAAGUCUCUGACCUGCACGUGUGUCAGUGAAGGGUUUCCCUUACCCACCAUCAGAUGGCCACUGUUGGAGAACCACACAGAGAUCUACAUCAUCACCACCAUAUCCAACCACACAGUCAACAGCACCUUCACCCUGACUGUACAACAGCAAAGUUACACAAGUGUUCAGUGUGUCAGCAGCAACAAAGUCGGAGACAUAACAGAGACACUCAACAUAAAGACAGAAGAGCAAGAGCAGGAAGAUCCCCAAAUGAAAAUUUUCAGAUUUAUUACACGACUGGAAAUUGUCAUUGCAUUUUUGAUUGGUGCUCUCCUUUCUGCAAGCAUUUGCUGUUUGGUGAGAAAAUGCCACAGGACCAAACAGAGGACCUAUAGGAAUCUGGCUGAGACUCUGGAGAUGGUGACGAGUCAAGAGGAUCCAUUGAUGGCUGCUGGGCAAGCUGGGGAAAAUGGUCGGGCCAUCGACCAAGAUGCAACUCAGGGAGAAGGGGAUGCAGCCGCAGGGAAACCAGACGUGGAUUAUUCCAACCUUGAUUUCUCCAAGAUUAAAAGAAAGAGUGCUGUAGAGGCCGAGGCAGCAGAGACGGAGUAUGCUGAAAUUAAAAAAGAAGAUUUAAGAGAAGAUGAAGAAGGAAAAGACGAAGAGGAGAUGAUGGGAAAUGAAGGGGAGAAAGGGGAGUGUGUAACAGAUGAAAAGGAAGGUGAGGGUGUGUAUUCCAAUGUGGAGGACAUAAUGGGUCAGAGGGAGGAUAGUGUAGAAUGAGUGUUCAGGACACACUUCAGUCAUUUGUUCUGAUAUGAUGGCUUCUUGCUAUUUGUAUUUUUCCUGUCUGUAGUUUCUGCAACAGCUGUGUCUUUCUCUGCAGCUCUCUACGCCUGAAAGAGUUUUGGUGAAUGGACUUGGAAGAUAGCAAAGGUUGUACAGGAAUAGAAAGGAUUUUGUUGGAAAAUGUUGUUCGAACAGCAGUGUGUCAAAAAACAUGAGUGAAUAUUAAAUGUACAGAUCAUUUAUGAAUUCAAAAAGCCUGAAGUAUAAAAAUGUUAAAAGCUAUUUUAAAAAAUAUUUAAGGUAAAUGUCUUAUAUUUUUCAUUUCUGUACACAGAUUUUUUUUAUUGUUUGAAAAUUGCUUCUUAUAAUUUUAUUAGUGCAUCAUUGUUCACUGUAUCAUGCUGCGUUUAUGGUUGUAAAUAAAUAUUUGGAAUUGGAAAAUAUGUUUCUAUAAAUGUAGACUGAAUCUAAGGGGCUAAAGUUGAAUCAAUUCCCCACAGAUUUAUUAUGAAAUGUUGCUGCUGCUGUCUAAAGGAAGUGUCUGUGAGUUCACAUAAGGCUUAGAGCACAUUCAUGCAGUGUCAAAGCAAAACAGUAGAUAGACAGUUUGGGGUGAGAACUUAACUGCUGUCUUACAAUGAGGUAAGAGAGAAGAUUGAUGACAUUCACAGGUCUGCUUUUUAAAUAUGGAGAUAGUGAGCAAACAGUAAGCUAAGCUAACUAGAAGAGUCUAGUUUGUCUCAAAGAUGUGGCACCACAUUUUCACUCAAAAUGUAAAACUCUGCAAAACAAUAAAAUAAAGUGUGAGAAAGUGAA